CAGGUGGGUCGGAGGAUGGUGCCAGUGGUGAUCGCGGUGUGUGGUCCUGAAUCAGUUUUCUUCCUGCUCUUUCUGGGCUUCAUGAUCUGCGGCGCCUUCCAUGCUUACUACGUCUUUCCGAUUGAGGAGAACGUGAGCGCAAAUGGAUUCGGUCUCAACCAUGUGCUGGGCACCUUCCUAAAGAUUUUCCGCCUUACUGUUCUUGGGGAUUUCGACCUGAGCGAACUCGAAGGUCUCAGUGACCACGUCACGGCGCGUCUGGAUCCCAAGACGAACAAGAUCACCGGCACGGUCGAUGUUAACUCAGACGAGUGGGCGCCAAAGUAUCACAGGACCAUCCGGUAUGAGUUUGUGAUCUUAACGUUGGUGAUCACAGUGGUGGUCAUGAACGUCUACGUGGGUCUCUUGGGGGAACUGUAUCACAAAGCAGAACGCCGGUGCAGGCAGCUCUACAACAACUAUCGUGCCUCGUGCGCGUACCGCCACAUGUGUGAGCGGCAUGCCUUCUUAAAAAUCGCCUGCUAUAUCUGCAGCAGCUCCGACAAGGAGAAGAAGCAGGUGGGACUUUAUUGGCUCAGCUACAGCAAGUCACGGCUGCUUGACGAAGACGACG